UUUUUUUCUUUUUUCCCUCACAGUUUUUCAAGAGAAUAUGUUGACUACUGACGUGAACUUUUUACUCGUUUCAAAUGUCUCGAUGAACUUGAACUUCUUAGUGCACAACUUUUACACAUUUUGGGUCUUUUGUUGCUUCUUUUUGACUUUAAAUUUCCUGCUGUUAUUCGAGAAAGAAUUUUUGUAGCUUUGUACAGGCUUAGAAUGGAUUUUGAAGCAAGCAAACUUGAAAUACUUGUAAAUAUCUGUAGAAAUCGUCGGGAGCCGUUUGAGUUUUGCUUAGCAACCCUCGGAAUCAACAUUCAAUUUAUUAGUCAAAUGAUUUUAUUUUUGCGCUUUUACAAAGGCCCAAAAACUGGAUGGUUAGAAAAUUGUGUCUAUAUUUGUUUAUAUUUUGAAGAAGGCCAUCAAACAUUAAAAAAUCAAUUUUCUAUUAUGCGCCAAUUAAUUGAUAAUUAUUUUAAUGAUCGGUGGAUUUUGCAUUUUCAUGUUGAUUUUAAAGUAAAUUUACAUGAAAAAUGGGAAGGGUAUAAAGCGGCCAGUGCUGCACUCCAAAAUGUUCGAGAAUUGUGGCCUAUUUCUAAAUUGGCUUCUUCUCAUUUAAAUAUUGUUCAAACACCUCGUUUUCCAUCCGGUCUUUUAAGUUUGGAAAAAUUUGGAAAUUAUAAGAAAAUAAUUGAAGAAUUUAAUACAAGUUUAAAAUGGCUAAUUUUGCAUAGUUCUCCAAAAGUCAAUCCAAAAUUAAAUCUGUCUUCAUUAAUUAAAAAAGAUGUUUUAUUGGAAGCACUCAAAAAAUUGUCACAUUUUGAAUUUAAAUUAAAACAGGCAGAAAAUUAUUUACGUUCUAAUUGGAGUGAAAGUAUAGAAAAACUAAAACAAAUAAUAGUCAAUAAUUUAUCUCAAAUUAUUGCGUUUUUGCCCAAUUCGUCUUUGGAUUCAGAAAAUGCUAAAAGGACAGGACGUAUUGUCACUUGGUUAGAAUCUGUUCGUAGUAGUAUUAAUCAACUAGAAACAAAUUCCUCUGACAACGACAAAUCAAUUCAAUUACUCGAAAAUAUAUGUACAAGGAUAUCUUCUGUUACUUCUAAUCAACUUUCUUCAGAAAAACAACAAAAUUUAAUUCUUCACCAUUCUUUGGAAGUUGCUAAUUCUGAUCUUCGUCGAUUGCAAAAUAUUUAUUCUCUUAAUGUAAAUGAGAAUAAUGAUGUUGGGAAGGAGAAUUCUUUAUGUCAAUUAACCGACUCUUCUUCAACUUAUUUAUUCCUUUUUGUUGAUGAAAAUUGUUCACUUAUUGAAAAACUUUUACGAGAAGAUCCCCUCUCUGUUCGUUUCAUUUUUCUCAAAUUGACAGCUUCUGUGCCUGGUUUAUUCAUUCAUGGACCUUCAACCAAAAUACCUGAAUUAUUUGCCAAAAAACUUUCUUUCUUUUAUUAUAAAGUUUUGGAAGUUAAAUUACGUUUAGUUGUUCAGGCAAUUCCUCGUGCUAUUUUUGAAGAAAUGAAUAAUCUUAACCAAUAUUUUUCUCCCGACACGCAGUCUGUUUGGGUAGAGAAAAAUCGAAUUGAACAGUUUGCUGACCUUCCAAGAAGGCGUAAACUUGCUGAAUUAACAUAUAAAAUAUCUCGUCUAGCUAUGGGUAUUGCACAGACUUGUAUUAAAGAAUUGGGUGGGGAUGUUGAAAUUAACCCUCGAGCACUUUUAUCUGAUGGACUUUGCAAUGAAUUAAAAAAACGUCUUGUCAUCAUUCUCUCUGCAGACUUACCUCCUUUAAAUGACAAUUCUUCCUCUUCAGUUUUUGGUGUUUUGGAACGUCGCCGACAUCUUCGUUUGCACCAAUUCAGAAAAGCUUUUCUUUUUGUUUGUGAACAUGUUGGUAUUCGAAAUGGAAUACAAAUAUGGGCAGAGCAAAUGCAUUCUGUUACAAGGGAUUGUUUGGCAAGAAAAUUAGCAGAUGAACAAAUGCCUUCUCCAAAUUAUGGACCUUCUACUGCUGUUUCACUUUCUACUUUACCUGAAAUGAAUGUUGGCCGUUUUUUCGAUUUUAUGUUAACCAUUACAAAGCCAAAUCUGUGUAUUUACAAUCCUUCAGAAUCAACUUGGCAUUCUGUUUCUGAUCGAAGCUUGAAAUUUGCUUAUACAGGAUUUGCUUCCUUAGAAAAUUGGAUGCUUUCUGGCCUAGCAACUCUUACUGGCUUAAUUCUCCAUAACGAAAUUAAUGCUAUUUCCAAAAAACUUUCUUCAAAAAAUUUUACCGAUAUUUUGAAUUCCUGUUCCAAUUCUAUCCCACUUGAUCUUUCAUCAAUUCAAAAAUAUUUUAAUCAAAAAAAUGUCCCCUCCACCCAAUUCGCUAUUGAUGGAAAUUCCAAAGAAUUUUUUCUUUCAAUUGCAAAAAUUGGGCAGCUAUUUAUUCUUCUUGCCAAUUUACACGUAUUUGUGGAUGCUGAAGUUCAAAGUCAAUUGGGAGUUGUAUGGAAAGCAGCUAGCAACUUUUGGAGUAUUUUUUAUUAUAGUUCUCUUGAAAUUGACAUUUCUUCAAAUUCUCAAAUACCAGAACUUUCUGAAACACUUUAUCUCCGUUCAAAUGAAUUAGUCGAUUUAUUACCAAAGUUUGUUUUUAUUAAAUCUUCAAAAUCCCAACUUUUUUUAUUGGCUACUUUAUUUCAUUUUUUACAAUUUGGAAGCACAACAAUUUCAACAAAUAAAAGGCGGGAAUUUUUGGACAGUUUUGCAGUAAUUCAAGGAUGUUUUUUGUUAUUAAAAGAAAAUGGAUUAAUUUGGAAGAAUUUGCCCUAUUUAAAUUUUAAUAAAAAUUCAAGACUUCCUAAAUUUUUAUUUAAUAAUUUUCCCCUAAAAAUUAAAUAA